CCCCUCUCACAGCCUUGUAAUAUAAGCCGGGCGGCCUGCGUUGCCUCGUAGCCUGAGCGAAGCUUCUUGCCUUCAUACUCCUCUGCCAAUAUCACGAGCGUUACUGGCAUCGGCUACCGCUUCUAGCCGUCAACUUCUUCACUUCAGAAGUUUCUACUCUCGGGCGACAUUCGAGUCUCGCGAUUUUGCGCAUGGAUAUGCGCCUACCAUGAAUUGCCCUGCGAACACCACGGUUGCGACACGGCACAUAUUCGUACUUGCAGCACACUGCUCACAAGACUGGAAGAUCGCGAAGUGCCCCCUUGCGUUAAUGUUCGACCUCAUUGAGGCGGGGGCUAGGCUGGUUUUGAUUGGCAUUGCCAGUGCGGUGCUUGCGAUUGCUGGGUUUAUUCUCAGUGUCCUUGCUCAUGUGAAGGAGGGCACAAGUGGCCGGAGUCCGCGAAAAAUUAGCCCGGAUGACGCAUCCGCCACAGCGGAAUCAACUCCCCCCUCCCGUGAGCGCGACUCUGGUGUACCUUCUCCUCGCACAUCGCGCGCCCACCGCACCCCGUCGAAGCCAUUCAGUAGUGGUAUGCAGUAUCGGGACCUAUCUCGUGGCCGCCACGCGAGCAGACGUGAACCAUCUCCCACCACGCCCCAAAGCCCCUCUUCGGCCAGAGAGGCGCCGGGCUCCAAGAAGGAGUCGGAGCAGCGGGUCACAUCUCGGAAGCCACGAUUGCGGAGGCCAAUCUGCCAAACUUCGCCUGAUGCUGCCCCUGUGGCAAGCCCUCUACGGACGUCUCCCGACACUACCAGAAACGUAGAGAUCACCACAACGUUGCCACCUCUCAAGCAGACGCGCGCAUUCAGCGACAUAUCUUCCAACCAGUCAUCCGAGCUUUCGGCUGAGUCAUCUGUCCCCGAGGAGCACUCGCCUCUUCCUGGUCGCCAAGUAUUGCAGAAGCUCAAGGAACGCCACAGCUAUUUACGUGAGCGUUGUCUUGUCAGGGCCCAGUCCAUGCCAGUGCCCAGAACCAGCACCACCUCGCGGCCUGCGCGACGCACCGACCCUUACCAGGCUCCCUACUUCUUUCCGACCCCCAUGUCUCCCGAGGCUGGGACGUACCUCCAGGAAGUCGUCAAGGAACGCCAUGGAGAGUAUCCACAGCUUAUCGAGAAUGUCGUAGAGUCCUCCACUAUUGAUCCGAACGCUGCCCUCGCAUCAUCUUCCUCUUCUCCCACUCGUGAAGAGUCGGAGAAGCCGCCGAAACCUACCCCUCCUCCUUCGCCGCCUGCGCGGUCCACCGCCAGGCAGCCCGCCGCGGAGGCGGAGCACCGCCAGAGACGACAGAGGUGGUCCUGGCAUAUGCCACAUCUCCCGUCGCAUCACCAAUCCAACGAGCGAGGGAGGUCCGUGGAAGGGGCUCGACAAGAUAGGGAGAUACUCUCCAAGUUAAAGUUCGGCCACCACAGAAGACGUCACGGAACCGGCAGCGACGACGUCCGGACUGCGACUUCUCUCAAAGCGUCGUAGUUCUGUGAAAACCCUGAUCAUCCUUCAUCAGAAUCUUCGGUCAACCAGUGGUAGAAAUUUCACGUCGGCUCAUCGCAUCGGCUCAUCAUCGGCAGAAUCAAUACGCAUAUUUAUCCUUUGUUAUUAGCGCAGUUUGCCUUGCGCCUUGCUCUCGUUCAACCUCGUAAUAGAGUACCCUCCACUCCUUUGUAGCUGAACUUGUCAACAACAUCUCAGAGUAGCAUGCACCACUUGUCCAUAAUGUACUGUACCAAAAUUAUACGUAUCGUAACACGAAGUAACACGACGAAAUCUACC